AUGGCAUCGCUCAGCUCAGCUGCUACGUACCGUGCUGAGCACAUCAGCACCUACAGCCAGGGGCUGGGUGCCGGCGAGCCCUGCUUCGAGGGGGAGCGGUACCACUACGACACCUUCAGGUACCCAGGUUCCCCGGGCACCGUGUGCCCCUACACUCUGGGCACAUGGGUGCAGGUGCAGGGUGAAACCUACCAGGUGGUGGCCGACGUCAGCCAGUUCGAUCCUCCUGACAUUGUGGUGACCACCUCCAACGGCCACGUUGCCAUCUGGGCUGAGAAGGUGGCAGAGGACGGCACGGUGUGCGACACUUUCACCCACCAGUGCCGGCUGCCCGAGGACACGGACCCUCUAUCGGUGAGCUGUGCCCUGACCGACGCCGGCAUGCUGGUCAUCACCGCCUGGCGCCGUGCCAGUGCCCGUCCCGGUGAGACGCCGCAGCCGCUGUACCGCAGCGAGGCAACACUGAGUGCAGGGACGGCACGGGGACAGUAA